AUGAUUGGUGCAAAGCUGUUCAGCGAAGAGGCAAUUGCUAAGCUGAAACAGCGUUCUUUAUUAUCUGGAAUAAAAGCACAUGGAUCUUUGAAACCAGUUCUUGCGCCAAUGAAACUUUCAACAAAUAUUUUGAUUCAAAGUUUCUCACAGAAUCGAGAAAAUUUGAUAAAAUUUACAUUUGGUACAGGUAUGACAUUCGAGACAUCAAGUACAAUAACAGUAUUUGAAGAAACGAUAAAUUUUUCACAAAAAAUUCAACCAAAAAAGAUAGCAGAAGAGAAAAUAAAUGAAAGUGAAGAAAAAGAAGCGAUACCUAUCGAAGAAAAAGAAUUUGAGCUACAAAAUACAGACAAUAGCGAAGAAAAUGAAAAUAUAUUGUUUAAUAAUACAGCAAAAUUAUAUGCAUUCGUUGUGGAUGAGAAUGAAAAAGGCAGAUAUUCUCAAAGAUUUACAGGAACAUUGCAUUUAAAUGAAUGUUCAGAUUUUUCCAGAAUUGUUAUGAGAAACACACUUGGCAAAGUUUGUUUAAAUUGUAGAUUGUUUAAACAAAUGAACCCUUCGUUACAAGGCCAAAAUUUUGUUAAAAUACUUUUGCAAAAUUCAGAAGGCAAUUAUCAAGUUUCAUUGCUACAGUUUAAAGACUCUUCCUUGGCUAACUCGUUUUUAUCAUCUUUACAACAGCUUUUAUCAAAGCUUUAA